GAUCCUUCCUACUUGCUUGAGCGGUCUCGGGCUGCAGCUCAGUGCCACAGAGAGAGGGGGAAAAACUGGUCCCAGAUCAGAACCCAGAGAUCUAAACUGUUCAGGUCUACAGAUGAGAGCAGAAGCACAGAGGAACCGUGAGAAACCUGCUCGUCCGAUGAUAAGGAGGCCAGCGUCUGAAGAGGAUGAAGGCUCCUCUGCGUGUUUUCUGUCUCUGUUUUUUUCUCGUCAUUGAUCUCGCUGGAGGAGAAAUGUAUACGUCGCUCCAAAACGUGAAGCAAGCCAUUCACGUCGAAAGGAAAUUAAUUGAUUAUCUGAGAACUUAUAUUGACAACGAGAUGGAGAGACUGGAGGACAUCAAGCGGUUUUAUGCCAAAGUGUCUGACCUGCACGCAGUACUCUACAAAGGCCCUGCAGCUGCUGCAGCCAACCCACUGGUGGCCUUCACCCUCGUCAAGCGGCUGCAUUCUGAGUGGCUGAACGUCGUCUACAGCAAUGAAGCUCAGGAAAACACUCAAACCCUCAGGUCCAAAUACGAGGAAGAAGAGGCUGGCUUGCCCAAAGUGGAAGACCUUCGGGGGGCUGCAAGGGGGCUGAUGAGGCUCCAGGAUGUGUAUUCCCUCCAGGUUUCAAGUCUCGUAAAGGGCCGUUUCCAGAGGGUCUCCAACGGAGGUGUGAUUGACGUCUGUUCGCCCGCCGUGUCCGUCUCGCUGUCCGGUGACGACUGCUUUUUGGUUGGGAAGGUCGCCUAUGAGCAGGAAGACUUUUACCAUUCGGUGCAGUGGUUGGAGGAGUCGGUGCGUCUCUUCAGGGGAGUAGGAAGACAGUGGAUCCCCGAGAAUGAAGGGACCUUAGAGGACGCUCUGGAUCACCUCGCUUUCUCCCACUUUAAAACAGGAAACGUCUCCUACGCUUUGAGUUUGUCUCACGAGUUACUGCAUCACGAUCCAAUGAAUGGACGGGUGUUGCAGAAUGUUGAGAAAUACGAGAAGCUGCUGGGUUCUGCAGCUCCAUCCAGGGCACGUAGUUUGAAAAGACCCGGCUCCUCUUAUUUAAGGACACGAGACACUUAUGAGAGACUGUGCCUGACUCAAGGCUCCCAGCCGACGCAUUUUGAAAACCCCCGACUGUUCUGCGACCACUUCACCAACAACAGCCCUGCGCUGCUGCUGCAGCCUGUGAGACGGGAGGUGCUGAGCCUGCAGCCUCAUGUGGUCCUUUAUCACGACUUCAUCACAGGCGCCGAAGCCGAGGACAUCAAGAAGCUCGCCCAGCCUGGUUUGAAGAGAUCUGUGGUGGCAGCUGGAGAGAAGCAGGAAACAGCAGAUUAUCGAAUCAGCAAGAGUGCGUGGCUAAAAGGCUCAGAGGGCUCCAUCAUUGAAAGGUUGGACGGAAGGAUUUCUGCGCUAACGGGUUUGAACGUGAAGCAUCCAUAUGGCGAGUUCCUCCAAGUGGUGAAUUAUGGGAUCGGAGGCCACUAUGAACCUCACUUUGACCACGCUACAUCACCCUCCAGUCCUGUUUUCAAGCUUAAAACUGGGAAUCGUGUGGCGACCUUCAUGAUUUAUCUCAGCCCAGUGGAAGCUGGUGGGUCCACAGCCUUCAUUCAUGCCAACUUCAGUGUUCCAGUCGUGGAGAAUGCUGCCAUAUUCUGGUGGAACCUCCACAGAAAUGGUCAGGGAGAUGAAGACACCCUGCACGCUGGCUGCCCAGUGCUCAUCGGGGAUAAGUGGGUGGCCAACAAAUGGAUCCAUGAGUACGGCCAAGAGUUUCAACGUUGCUGCAGCCUGAAUCCUGAAGAGUGAGAGGGACAAAAUUAUCCCGGGGAGUAGAAGCCUUUACUACUGUCAGGCACAUUGGCAGGAAGAUAGGAGGCAACAGCCAGAAUGUGUGUGCACAGACAAGAGAGGGAAAGGAGUGGCCAGCCUGCAUCUUUGAUUGGUGCCCAGAGCCCAGGGGACCCUGGACCCUCCUGCAGGGGACCCAGAGAUGAAGAUGGAGCGUGGUAUUUGGAAACUAGCCUACGGAGACCAAAUGUUUCCAUCAGUCACUUCAUCCCAGUGAAGAAGUAUUUAUAUUUUGCAGGAAAUGCUAGCAGAGGCUAAUGCACGGCAUAUGAUCUGCAGAGGACUGUAAAUUAUUUCAGGGGGUUCAGGUUUAACAACAGUGUGUCUUAAUACUGGAAAUGAUCAACCAUGUAAAUAGCAGACCUAAUAAAACACCUCAUUCUCUGUGA